AUGCGGCUGUCAAAACGUGAGGAAAACAAGGCUGAUGUCAAGGCCAUCAUGGCUCGUUUUCAGGGCAAUUCUGAUGAAAGGUCCUCCCCGACUCCAAGACACAAAGCUCCCGUCAACCACACCCUCUCAUCUGGUCCCGCCACACCGCCCAAGAAACCAGUCUUGGAGAGCCUCUCAGGCGGCACUUUAAAUCUAACCCCCAAACCCUCCUCCUACCUUAAAAGCGCAGUCACCACUAAAAGUGACACAGAGGUGCUUGGAGAAAAUAAAACAAAAGCUCUGGCUAGCAGAUUUAGCAAUACUUUGGAUGAGCCGAAAAAACGUUUACCUGACAGAGGUCAUACACCUCUGAAGCCGCUGGAUUCUAAACCUGAAGUAAAAAGUCCUGUACUGAAGCCCAAUCUCAAGCCUACUCUCAGUGCGACCCUUUCAAACCCAAAACCUCCUGGUCCCAAACCUACUCCACCGGGACUCAAGCCUACCUUAGUCAAAGAAGAGCACAGUGAAGGUCCGCCUAUCGAGCGUACCCCCCCAAAAGUGCCUCCGGUGCACCGAAAACCCAACAGCAGCAUUGUCAAAUUACGGCAACAUAGUGAAACCAACACAGACAAACCUUCCUCUCCAGCAAAUUUCAAGGCUGCCCAAGAGGUUUUCAUCAAGGAGCAAGACAAGUCAGAGUCAGACCUCAACAAGGAGGCAGAGACCUUAUCGCCUGUUAAGUCCAAUCCCGCCGUCCCUCCUCCAAAACCCCCAGCUAGUAAAAAGCCCAGCAUUAAAAAGCCGCCGAUCGCCUCUAUUCCGAUCAACAGCGCUCACACCGAUUCGGAUACAGAGCCAAAACGCAACCCCCUUCCAAACGCCUUCAAACUGGGCCCUGCUCCUGCUAAACCUAAACGACCCCCCGAAGUAGACAUUGACGACUUCAGAAGAGCUGCUGGAAUUUUUACCGGAAAUGGCACUUUCAACAAAACAGCGCCCCCGAUUCCUCCCGCCAACCACACGGGCCGACCUCAGCAGCCUCAAAGUGCACUUCCAAGUCUGCCUGCACGACCUUUGGGAAACAUUGUGCACCAGGAUCAAUCCUAUGACGAUGUUGAUGCUGUGAUGAUCAACUCGCCCUCUCCUCCUCCUCUACCGUCUACAGCUCAUCCAAGCCUCAGGCCCAAGGAAGAAGAGGAUGAUGACAGCGGUGAUAUGUAUGAGCCGCUUGAUGAAACCUGGGACGAAUACGAUAAGCAGAGAGAAAUCGAGGAGAAACGACAACGUGAGGCUGAGAAGAAGGAGCAGAAGGGACGUGAGAAGAAAGAACAAGAAGCUAGAAAGAAAUUCAAGCUUGUUGGCCCGGUGGAGGUGAUUCACCGAGGCAAAGCUCGCGGGGACUACAAAGGCAGUAAGACAGAACUUGUGUUGAAAAGAGGCGACAGUCUGGACAUUAUUCGAGUCCAAGGCAACCCAGAGGGGAAAUGGUUGGGACGAAAGCAUGAUGGAUCCAUUGGCUAUGUGAAGACCGCAUUGAUGGACAUUGACUUUAACAUGUUGAAGAAUCAACCGGCUCAGCACGGCUCUAGAGAUGACAUUGACUAUUACGAUGACGUGGAUGUGGCCUCAUCGGAUAGCAGCGGGAUCAGUGGACAAGGAGUGUUUUUGCCACCACCUCCUGCGGAAAAUAAGGAACUUUACAAUGAUGUCGAUUCAGACUUGGAUGUGAGCCCUCUCCAGCCCAGGUCGUUUGUUACAAAGACGUUCGGCCUCCUCAAGAUGUUUGAACGAAACAGCCUUCCGUUCAGCACUAAAGUACUGCCUCCACCCAGUCAGUUUGCACAAGAAGGAAAUCCAGUUGAUGAUGAGAUUUACUAUGACGUUGACGCACCGAGCCAGCCUCCCCUUCCGCCUAUCAGCAGCAUUCCAACCCUGAGAGGUAGAGAUAAGACGGACGAGAUUGACCCAAAGAAGAGCAAAAAGUUUGAGAAAGAAGAGAAAGAUUUCAGGAAAAAGUUCAAAUAUGACGGAGAUAUCCAGGUGCUAUAUCAGGUGACCGUCGACACCGCUCUGGCUAACAAAAAGUGGGGCGGGAAAGAUCUGGCGGUCAGAGCCGGGGAAAAACUUGACGUGAUUGUCAAGCCUGUAGACAACAAAAUGAUCUGUCGGAAUGAAGAUGGGAAAUUUGGCUAUGUUUCAACGUGCCAGAUUUCCAUGGAUGACGGGGAAAUUUAUGAUGACAUUGGCGAUGAUUGCAUCUAUGACAAUGACGAUGAAUGA